GUGUUGAAGGAGUCGGUUUGACCCGCUCACAGCAAACGGCGGAAUUUGAACUAAACUGAAAACAGACUUUGACGAACCGUAACAGAGUAUCAUGGAUAUGUUCUGCUGAGGCGGAGCACUGUACUAACUGAAGAUAUCACCUGUUCUUAGAGGUUUUAUUCGUAUAAAAACUGAAAAUGCUGGAUAAAAGGAUUGUUGACCUGCGUUCCGAUCAGCUGGAAGGCGUGAGAGCAAAAAAUGUUAAGGAGCACUUUGAGAAGCAAUACAAGAUGGGAUCUCUUCUGGGAAGCGGCGGGUUCGGUUCUGUGUUCUCCGGACAGCGCAUUUCAGACGGACUACAGGUCGCUAUCAAACAAAUAUCCCGAGAUAGAAUUCAGCAGUGGGCCAGUCUGCCUGGUACAGCAAUCAAAGUCCCCAUGGAGAUCGCUCUCCUCCUGCGUCUCGGUGGAGAGUCGGGGUCGCUACCCGGUCACCGCGGCAUCAUCCGGAUGCUCGACUGGUUUGAGAUGCAGGGUCAGGGAUACCUCAUUGUGUUUGAGAAACCCCAACACUGCCAAGACCUGUUUGACUUCAUCACUGAACGUGGGGCCCUGGAGGAGCCCAUUGCACAGAGAUUCUUUAGACAGGUCAUUGAAGCCCUGCAGUUCUGCCACUCCAAGGGAAUUGUGCACCGGGACAUCAAAGAUGAGAACAUCCUUGUAGACACCCGUACCGGAGACAUCAAAAUCAUUGACUUUGGAUCUGGUGCUCUACUGAAGGACUCCAUUUACACUGACUUUGAAGGGACCAGAGUCUACAGCCCUCCAGAGUGGAUCCUCCAACAGUGUUACAGCGCUCGUCCACUCACCGUGUGGUCAUUGGGUGUACUUCUGUUUGACAUGGUGUGUGGAGACAUUCCCUUUGAGCGAGAUGCCGACAUUGUACAAGGCGCUCCGAGUUUCACUAAACGCAUCUCCAAAGAAUGCCAGUCUCUGAUUCACUGGUGCCUGGCAUACAGGCCGGAGGAUCGGCCUAGUCUGGAGCAGAUUUUGCAGCAUCCUUGGAUGAUGGAGAGCACUGACGACAUUGGAGAUUUGCAAGCGGAAAGCAAUAUUAAGCCAAGCCUUUAAAUCCUGAAGAACUUUGGACUCGAUUCAGAAAUUUCACACACACUGUUUGGUUUUACAUACUGGAAUCCCUGAACUCUAGUUGCUGGCUUCUGGAUUCUUCCUUAUUUAUUUUUUUUGUUUGGCUGCCUUCAAUGUUCAUUUCAUUUGGACUUGGGAUCUAUGCUUCUAGAUGCCCAGAAUAGCCCUGGAUUGCUGCAGGUUUACUUUAGGAGUUAAUAUUUCCCACGACUACAACCAUCACAGCUCAGUGCAACUGUUUUUAUUUAUUGCGGAUUAUUUAUUUUUUUCAGCCAUGUAAUAAUUUAUUUUUGCAAGAAUAAGAAGCAGUAAACUGUGUUCGUCUUGACUGUUUUCUAACUGACUUAAAUGACAGUAGGUGGACUUGCAGUUAUUUACCAGACUGCCAUGAUGCCUGGUUUUACAGGUUUCUGUAGUACAGUGACAUUCUCUCCCUGUUCUAAGGGGUUUCAAAAAGACCUUGGAUCUGCUUUCCAGUCUUUUUGACGGGAGGCAGGCGGAACAAUAAUUUAGGCUCAUGUGGAUCUGUUCCCAUUUAUCAACACACACUCGCAGAGAAGGUGCGACAGAAGAGAAGAGGAACAUUCCUGUGGAUCCUGUUUACUCUAAAUGAACCAAUUCCCUAGAUGGAUUCCUCAGAGCCAUUACUAAGGCUUUUAGUUUCUGUCUGUAUUGUUUGUGAAAUACCUGUGCUGUAACUUAAAUAAUGUCAUCAGGACGCUUUGUACGGAACAAACUCAAAUAUGUGUCAUUUUGUUGGAAGUUCCCAAAGAUCAGCAUGUUAACUAAUGUGAGGAGGGUUUCAACCACUAACCCUCUGUUGAUGUUUACUAAAAAGGGCCUAUGGGAUUUUCCUAACUGUCUGAUUAAACACCAAAGAAACCUACCUUACUGUCUUAUGUGAGAUAAACAUGCAUAAUGCCAGGUCUGGAUUAAGUAAAGCUAGACAUUAAGUUAUUUUCUUUUGUAUUUGGAUCCUAAACAGCAUCGACAUGUUCAAAUUGUUUGAUUCGAGACUUUAAAACUGAAUGUGUACAAAUUGGACCUUUCCCAACAUAACAUGUAAUGCAUUUAUGUAAACACUGGGGUAUUUUUGAUACAGUCAGCUUUCAUUUUUUGUUAUAAAAAAAAAAUCCUUGCAGUUUUUGCUUGGGUUGGCACAACAGUUUUGCUGUAAAUACUUGUGUAUUCAACAAAGAGCUGUGGCUGUUGUCACCAUGAUGUUUAAGAGAUUCUAUGAAUAAAAAAAUAUAGAUGUGAAAUAUCUAUAUUUAAAGAAA